AUGUGGGCCUCCCUGGGGAGACUAGAGGGCAUCCUGUACCUGUCUUCAGCUUUAUCAGUGAUGGUGCAGAUCAACCCUGGCCUCCCACUCAGAAUUAAUCAGACUCACCUGCUACCCUCCUCCCUGAAGAAUCGCAGAGUGGGUCUGAAAGUUGAAGGCUCAAACUUCACACUUGAAGGCUUCCCAUUCCUGAUCUUAGCAGGUACUAUGCACUAUUUCCGGGUGCCCAGGAAAUACUGGAGAGACCGCUUGAAGAAAUUAAAGGCCUGUGGCUUCAAUACCCUCACCACGCAUGUUCCCUGGAACCUCCAUGAACCAAUCAAAGGACAAUAUGUUUUCACUGGAAACCUGGAUUUUGAGGCUUUUAUUUCCAUAGCCUCACAGCUGGAUCUCUGGGUCAUUAUUUGUCCAGGUCCCUACAUCGGUAGUGACUUAGACCUUGGAGGUUUGCCCAGCUGGUUACUCAGGGAUCCAAAAAUGAAGCUGAGAACAACUUACCAGGGCUUUACUAAGGCAAUGAAUCGCUAUUUCGAUCAACUGAUUCCCAGGAUAGAAAAACUCCAGUAUCACCAUAAAGGUUCCAUCAUUGCUGUGCAGGUCGAAAAUGAAUAUGGUGCAUACAAUCUGGAUAAAAAAUACAUGCCAUAUGUUAAAAACGCCCUGGUGAAAAGGAAGAUCCAAGUGAUGCUCAUGACUGCAGAUAAUGGAUUAGAAUUGACAAAAGGCCACUUGGAACAUGAGCUGGUCACGGUCCACAUGAGGAAUAUACAGAGAGCAACUUACCAAGACCUCAUAUCAAUGCAGGGUCCUAGCCCUAUACUGAUGACAGUAUACACAGCAAGCUCUGUUGACACAUGGGGAGACAUCCGCCAAACUGCGAAUCCACAAGUGUUGAUGAAGGAUGUCCGUGAAAUGUUCAAUCUUAAGUUCUCCCUCAACUUCUAUAUGUUCCAUGGUGGCACCAACUUUGGCUUCAUGGGUGGAGCAAAGAUUCUGGACAACUACUGCCCUGCAGUCACCAGUUAUGACUAUGGGGCUCUGCUGAGGGAUGACGGAGAGUACACACCCGAGUAUACCGUGUAUAAAGAGUUUUUUAGCUCUGUUAUAGUGUUUCCCAACGCCCCCGAACCAGAACGUAUCCGGAAGAUGGUGUAUAAGUCAGUGAAAACAUUAUACUUCAUGACACUAUGGGAAAUCCUGCCCUAUCUGGACCAGCCAAUCAAGUCGAUCAAGCCAGUCUCCAUGGAGAAUCUGCCUGUGAACCAAGACAGUGGCCAGGCCUUUGGGUACACACUUUAUGAGACUACCAUCUUCUCUGGUCAUGUCCUCUACUCAAGAGGCCAUGUUCAAGAUCGGGGCCAGGUGUUUCUGAAUGAGAGAUCUAUUGGAGUCCUGGAUCAUUUGACUGAUCAGCUGCCUAUUACAAGACAGGAUUAUCAGGACAGCCACCUUCUGAGGAUCCUAGUGGAAAAUCAAGGCCGACUUGCCUCUGGGAAGAAUAUCAAUACGGAGAGAAAAGGUUUAACUGGGGAUAUCUAUCUGGACAAUUCUCCAUUAAGAAAGUUUACAAUCUACAACCUGGAGAUGAGAAGUAGACUCCUGCAAAGGAAACUGCCCUCAUUGUGGAAACCAGCCACAAAAGAAGUGAAGGGGCCUGCCUUCUUCCUUGGAAUGUUGAGAGUUGGUGAUAACCCCAAAGACACCUUUAUUAAGCUGGAGGGCUGGAAUAAAGGAGUCGUAUUCAUCAAUGGACAAAACCUAGGACGCUACUGGGAUUUAGGUCCCCAGGAAACCCUUUACCUUCCAGGACCCUGGCUUCGUCCUGGAAAAAACGAGAUCAUCGUGUUUGAGGAAUCGGAACCUGGCAUGCAGAUCCAGUUUGAGAGAGCACCCCAGCUGGGAUAUUGAGUCUUGAGUGCUGUGACAAGAAGCAGGAAACUGAGUCACAUCAGCAGUGCUGCCAUGCAUAGCCUGGUGG